AUGUCUAGCGCCGUCUCCCAUGAUUCAGCAAAUGUACGGCCGCGCGCCGUCCCUCUCCAGUCCGACGGAAAAGACGUGACUGGAGCUCUUCCCCUUCCCCUGGAAAAGCUGUCCCAGGACAUGAGUGGCCGCUCAACCCCUGUCUCCGAAGAUGCGCCCCCGUCGGCGCACUCCAUCUCGACUGCGAGGAAGCAAGUUCGAGCCCGAAACCGUCUUUUUUAUACGAUAGACUAUGUCCCUCGUGUGUCGCAUUUUGAUCCGGAUAGCGACUACCACAAUUUCCGAGGGUUCUUUACUCUCUUUUGGAUUGCGCUGGUGAUUAUGGUCGGGACCAGCGCGCUGCGCAACAUCAAGUAUACAGGAUUCCCCUUACAGUUGCGCGUUUGGAGCCUCUUGACGCAGAAUGUGUGGGUGAUGGGACUCAGUGAUGUGGCCAUGGUCGUGAGCUCAGGACUUGUUCUACCUUUACACCGGAUCUGGCGGAGCGGUCCGCAGUGGCUGCGAUGGUCGCGCGGAGGUAUGAUAGUGCAGAGUCUGGGCGAGGCAUUUUGGCUGGUCUUAUGGAUCAACUGGCCUUUUAUGCUGCAGUGGACCUGGACCGCGCAGGUCUUCUUCACGCUGCAUACCCUCACAAUUCUCAUGAAACUGCAUUCCUAUGCUUUCUACAAUGGCCAUCUCAGCGAGACCGAGCGCCGUUUAGCCUCUCUUGAUAAACCCGGCUCGAUGUCCUCCAAUCCUACAUCUGCCAUCCAUUACCCGGAAGUCCACCGACGCCGGCCGUCCAUGAAAGACCAGAACGAGAAAGACACCCCGACAGAGCCACUGCUGAAGCUGCGCGAGGAACUAGCCACGGAACUGACCUCCCCACUCGGCAAUAUCUCAUACCCCCAGAACCUUCACGUCGGUAACUAUGUCGACUUCCUGUUCUGCCCGACUCUCUGCUACGAGCUGGAGUAUCCACGCCGACAGGAUCGCCGCUGGUCAGAGAUCGGCUGGAAGACUGCAGCUGUAUUUGGUUGCAUCUUUCUGCUGACCCUGGUCAGCGAAGAGUUCAUUCUCCCCGUCCUGACAGAGGCCAGCGCUCAACUCCACGUCGUUUCUAGCAUCUCAGACAAGGCAUUCAUCCUCGCCGAGACUAUCAGCAUGCUCCUAUUCCCGUUCAUGAUUACAUUCCUGCUUGUUUUCCUGGUUAUCUUCGAAUACGUGUUAGGCGCAUUUGCCGAGUUGACUCGAUUUGCUGACCGGCACUUUUACGCGGACUGGUGGAAUUCGUGUGACUGGCUCGAAUUCUCCCGCGAAUGGAACGUCCCCGUCCACCACUUCCUCUUCCGCCAUGUCUACUUCCCUUCGCGAUGCAACUUCUCUCAACCCGUGGCCAUGACCAUUACAUUCCUGGUUAGUUCAGUUUUCCACGAGCUGGUCAUGAGCUGCAUCACCAAGAAGCUCCGUGGGUAUGGAUUCCUGGCUAUGAUGCUGCAACUGCCCAUUGUUGCAGUUCAGAAGUCCCGCUUCUUCAGAGGACGGACUACCCUCAAUAAUGUGUUCUUCUGGUCUUCUAUGAUCUUGGGUCUUUCGAUGAUGUGUGCAUUCUACGUCUUGGUCUAG